CUGCGGGCGCUGCUGCCGCCACGCACCGGGGGCCGCCCGGGGGUCCCGGCUCCGGGGCCUCCUCGCCAGCGGCGAGUGCGUGGCGCCGGCCCGGCCGAGAGGCGUCGUCGGCGCGACUGGAUCGCUCCUUGCCGCGGCGGCUGCCAAGGGACCGUCGCCGUCUCGUCGCCUCAGCGUCGCUGUCUGGGCCCAGCCCGCGCUGCCGCCCGCCUUACCUUCCGUCCCUGUUCGGGCCUGCGGGAUGUUCAUUUUAAAGAUUCUGUGAAGAUGAAAAGGGAUCUCUUAUGGCUUUAUGAAAUAUAGAGCAAUACUGUCUGACAUGACGGCAAAAAAUGUUGGUGUGACAUCCACAAAUGGAGACUUGAAAGGAUUUAUAGAUCAGAACCAGAGUCCAACAAAAGGUAAUAUUUCAGUAAUCACAUUGCCAGUUUCCAGCACCAACUCUCCCACUAAGAUUUUGCCAAAAACCUUGGGACCAAUCAAUGUGAAUGUUGGACCCCAAAUGAUCAUAAGCACCCCCCAAAGACUGGCCAGCUCAGGGAGUGUUCUGAUCGGGAGUCCGUACACCCCAGCUCCAACCAUGGUCACACAGACACACAUCACAGAGGCGUCUGCCUGGGGCCCAGGGGAGCGAAAACGGACUCAAGAAAUUAUAGAGUCAGAUUUUUCAGAAAGUAAGAGAAGCAAGAAAGGAGAUAAGAAUGGGAAGGGUCUGAGGCAUUUUUCAAUGAAAGUUUGUGAAAAAGUUCAACGUAAAGGAACAACUUCAUACAAUGAAGUCGCUGACGAGCUGGUAUCAGAAUUCACAAAUUCUAACAGCCACCUAGCAACAGAUUCACAGGCUUAUGAUCAGAAGAACAUUAGACGGAGAGUUUACGAUGCGCUCAACGUCCUGAUGGCAAUGAACAUCAUUUCAAAGGAGAAGAAGGAAAUCCGAUGGAUUGGCCUUCCCACAAACUCAGCUCAGGAAUGUCAGAAUCUGGAGAUAGAAAAGCAGAAGCGGAUUGAAAGGAUAAAACAGAAGCGAGCCCAACUGCAAGAACUGCUACUGCAGCAAAUAGCAUUUAAAAACUUGGUACAAAGAAAUCAGCAAAAUGAACAGCAGAAUCAAGGCCCUCCAUCUUUGACCUCCACAAUACAGCUGCCUUUCUUAAUAGUCAACACUAGCAAAAGAACAAUUAUAGACUGCAGCAUAUCAAGUGAUAAAUUUGAAUACCUCUUUAAUUUCGAUAAUACUUUUGAGAUUCAUGAUGACAGUGAGGUGCUGAAGAGAAUGGGAAUGUCCUUUGGGCUCGAAGCAGGCAAAUGCUCAGCUGAGGACCUGAGAACUGCAAAAUCACUGGUGCCAAAAGCUUUGGAAGGCUACAUCACAGAUAUGUCUGCGGGAUUUUCAUGGUUAAACCAAGGGUUAAUUUCAAGUUCAGCACAAGCAGUUUCCCAUUUUGAGGCAGCUGGAAGCACAUAUGAUGCUAAAUCAAGUGAGAACGCAGGGUUGUGUGUGGAUGCUGAAGUGGCCUUAGCAACGGGGCAGCUGCUUGCCCCCAGCAGUCAGCAGUCCAGCAGUGCCGCGUCCCGGGGCGAGACGCCCUGCUCCUUCAACGAGGAGGACGAAGAGGAUGAAGAUGAGGAUUCUUCCUCCCCAGAAUGAGGACAGGAGAAAAUGGAAUAUACAAAAUGCUGCUCAAAUAUUCUUAAUGGGAGUUCCUGUUUGGAUUUUACUGGUUUCUUGCCUUGGUUUGCACUGUGUUUGGUGAACCAAAAUGGAAGCUUCAAAACAAGUUUAUCCAUAGCUGAAAUUGAAGAAUUGUGUAACUGAACACAGAGUGACGUGCAGAGACAGAGCAAAGUGGGUUUUAUAAACUAUAAAUGAGGAAAAGAACAAAGUCCCUGGAGAUCUGGCAAAGUAAACCUUAAGAUCAUCUUUUCCAUUUUGGGACUCAAGUAUCUGUCUUCCCCUUGUCUUUUUCAAAUGGAGGAGAAAACAGUCAGUCAGUAAAAGCUGAUUCUUGUAUUGUCUUUUGGCUGUUCUGCCUUUAGAAAAAGGGGGAGAGAGCACACACAAAUGUGCUAAAAUCAUAAUUUAAAACUAUUUUGUAUGAAAGUGGUUAUAGGGAAAAGGGACUGUUAAAAUGUUUGCUUUUUUUCUGUUCAACUUGCUGUAUAGAAGAUUCUUAAAGUAAUAUAAAUUGCAAGUGAUUAAAUGAAUCUUGAAAUAGUUUAUAUCCAUUUUAGAUACUCUAAAAGUAACAGGAAGCAUUAGUAUAAAAGGUUCAUAUGUUCAUUUAUAUUGCAGGCCUAAUUUAUUUUAAGUGAUUAUUCUUAGCCAUUAUUAAAACAGUCAGGAAAAAAACCAGUAUUCUCUGCACCAGCUUUUUUCAAGGAAAAUAAGUAAAAAAAUUGUGUUUCUAGAUUACAGCGUAUUCAGUGUAGUUUCUCCUUUAUUGUUCUAACUUUAUAUAAUCCCUUUGAAAUUAGAGCAUGUCUUGUUUUUUUAAAAAAGGCCUCCCACUAUGUUAAGGAUCUCAGGCAGUGUGUUUUCAAGGCAGUCUUUUCAAAUUUGGGGUGGGCAGGUCACAUAACUUUUAAAAUCAUAGGCUGAGGUUCUUAGGGAAAAAAAUUAAAUUUCAACAAUACAUUGUUUCAUGUUUUGCAUUCUGACAGACUUUCUUGUCGGUAACUUCAGUUGCACUCACCUUGAUGCACCUUUGAAAGUUGUGUCAAACCAUGUAAAAUACUCUGUGGCUCAAGUUACCCAGCACAUAUCCCAUGUGAACUGUUAAACUCAGACUUGCAGCAGGAGGCUGUGUUUUCCAUAGCUAACAUCACAUCCAAUCAUAAAGACCUUUAAAAAAACCCCAAAACCUUGAAUAUCAAUGUAAAAUACACUGUAAAUGUACUCUUCCCAUGGUGUUCCAGUGGCCAGGACUUUGCCCAGCUCUAAGGUAACUGUUGUUCAUGAGGUCAAUCUUGCCAGUUUUCCCAGUGCCUGCAGGGGCUGCCCCAUGUCGCAGCAGUCUGGGGCAGCUGUCCUGGCUCUGUUCUGCUCUGGGGGUGGGUGAGGUCCCUUGUGCUGCUGCUCACUGAGCAAUGGCAGCAGCUGCCCUGGGCUGCUGCAGCAUCGCUCUCACAGCCUGGGCUGUGUCCCCAGCAUCUUCUACAGCCAAACCUGCACUCACUCCAAGAGCACCAAGCCUGAGCUACAGAGACAAAACGAGGCCGCAGCCCAAGAGCUGCCUGGCUGUGUGCAGGAGUUAGCCCAGGGCUGUCAGCCACAGGUGAAACUGUGAGGCAUAGACAAGCACCGCCCACACGUUUCCAUUACAAACAGAAGCAUCCAGAUAGGAACUUCUCACAGACAGCUCAAACUCCUGCACCUGAGGAGUGCCUGAGGGCAGCACCAGUGCUAGCCAUGGCUUUGGACUGAGCUGUUUUACAAAUGAAUAGCAAAUGCACAAACUGAAAUGCCUGCUAUGGUACUCACCCUCGGGGCAAGACUGCCCAGCCCAUCCUGGGCUCGUGGCUCACAGGCAGCAGCAGACCGAGGGCUUCUCACCCCCUCACUUCCACCCAAUCUGUAACACUACCUCCAUACCAGAAAAGCUUUACAGACACAAAAAAGUAUUCCUGCUGAGAGAGUCAGUGCAUUGAGCCAAGUGGCUCACUUUUGAAAUGGGGGGAGAAGGGAGCAGGUACUUCACACCUACUAGUAUGGGAUUGUCAGCUUCAUGAUUGACAUUUCAUUUAAACAGAUCAUCACUUUCAUUGUUAAAAAACCCAUUGCUUUUUCAAAACUGCCCUGUCGGUAAGCUUUCAUUGGAAAGGACAUAUCAAAGGUAACUUACAUAUGCAUGAGCCUAAGGAAUUCUUUACAGGGAAAUAUCUUCCAGAGUAGUUGUACCACCCUCUCCCCAGCAAUACAUGAGGGACACAUUUUACUUUACACUUUCUUCACAUUUCCCACUCAAGAUUGAUGUAAAAAGAAAAAAAAGCAAAAUACUAAGCAGUUCCUGAAGAGCAGCACUUUGAACUAUAAGAACCUGGCAAAAAAAAAGGCUUCCAGCCCAGAAAUGGAAUGUAUUUUAUUAGCAGCCAGUCUGCUUUACAGGGGGAGGAAGAUCUUCAGUGACACCUUUCCUCCACUGAUGUCUGUGCCCUUCAGAGCUGCAGCCUGCACAGCUGCUUGCUUUCUGGCAAACAUCAAACUAUCACAUUUAAAGAUAAAAAAUAUGGGCACACAUAACAUUUAUUAGACAGUUGAACCAAGCCUUCAAAAGUUAUUUUUCCUGGACUAGUUGAAUACAAAGGACAAAACAAGUUAGAACAUUUAGAAGAGACUUCAAAAGUAAAUUCUUUCCUUGGGCUUCUUUGUACCAGUUGAGGAUGAAGUUCAACUGAAGCACUGCAGUCUUGUGGCCACACUAAAGUCUGGGAACUAGGAGAAUUUGGGACCUGAUCCAGCCAGUCACCUGGGUAUGAUCUCAGGCAAACUUUUCAAUCAUUCCUGGUGAUCUUGGCUGCCAUAGUUAAAAAAGACACAAAAACCACAAACCAAAACA